CCGGAGGGGGCGCUGCUGCGUGAUAUCAGUGCAACAUCCGGGAGCCUGCUUCGUCCGUUCUGCAGCGAGACCGCGGCGGGUGGCGGGAUUUUACCGAGUAGUUACCGUGAGAUCUGAGACUGGUUGGUGAUUGGGCGUGAUGGCAGACAGUGAUGAUGAGUACGAUCGCCGCCGCAGGGAUAAAUUCCGCAGGGAAAGGAGCGAUUAUGACCGUUCCAGAGAGAGGGAGGACCGGCGGAGAGACGACUGGAGUGACCGGCGCCCGUCGGCGAGAGAGUGGGACCGGGGCCGAGAGAGACGUAGCCGGGGGGAGUACCGGGAUUACGAGAGGGGCAGGAGGGAGAGAUUCUCCCCACCCAGACACGACAUGAGCCCCCAGCAGAAACGCAUGAGGAGAGACUGGGAUGAUCACGGUGGAGACCCGUAUCACGGGGGUUAUGAUUUGGGCUACGGUGGUGGAGGGGGACCCAGUUACGCCCCUCCUCAGCCCUGGGGUCACCCGGACAUGCACCUGAUGCAGCCUCACCACGGCAUUCCCAUUCAGGCCAGGUUGGGUAAUAUUCAUGAAAUGGAUCUGGGUCCUCCUCCUCCGGUGAUGAAGAGCUUUAAAGAGUUCCUGCUGUCUCUGGACGACUCGGUGGACGAGACGGAGUCGGUUAAACGCUACAACGAGUACAAGAUCGAGUUCAGACGGCAGCAGAUGCAGGACUUCUUCCUCGCCCACAAAGACGAAGAGUGGUUUCGCUCUAAGUAUCACCCGGAUGAAUCCAGUAAGCGUAAGGCGGAUGCUCAUGCCGCUCUGCAGAACCGGCUGAAUGUCUUCAUGGACCUGAUGGAGAACAGUUGGUUCGACUCCGUGUCCAUGGAUAUCGAUCGUGCUCCUCAGAUUCUGAAGAUCCUGGAUGCAGCUGUGAUAAAGAUGGAGGGAGGAACGGAGAAUGAUAUGCGUAUCCUGGAGCUGCCAGCAGAGGAAGAGGAGGAACGGGAACGGUUGUCCUCUGGAGGGACGCCAAUCGAACCCGCAAAACGAGACGAAAAUCGACCUCCUGAGGGAGAGCGCAAACCCUCCACUGAGAAGGAGGAGAAAGAGGGUGAAAGUGCUGAAGGUGGAGAGAAGGAAGAAGAACCUGCAGCAGAGGGACGAAAAGAAGAAGAGAAAACUGAAAAGGAGCCUCCGGCUGAGCAACCUCCAGAGCCCAAGAAGAUGAGUAAGAAGAGGAAGAGGAAGCACAGUGGGGACAGUGAGGACGAGGCGAGUGCCUCAGAGAGCGAGUCUGACUCUGAUUCGGACUCGAACUCUCGCGCCUCGGAGAAACCUGCGGAGAGAGAGAGGGAGGCGGAGCCUGAAGAGGGGGAGGAGAAGGAGGAGGACGAGGAGGAUGCAGAAGGUGAGGUAAAGGAGCAGGAUGAGGAGAAAGAGAGGGAAAAAGAGAAGGAGGAGAAGAAAGUGAAGGAUGAUCAGCCCCCGAGACCACGCCCACUCCACAAGACCAGCUCUCUGUUCAUGAGGAGCAUCGCUCCCACCAUCUCUAAAGCCGAGAUCGUCGCUCUGUGUCGCCGUUAUCCUGGAUUUAUGCGCGUUUGUCUCUCUGACCCUCAACCUGAGCGCAGGUUCUUCAGACGCUGUUGGGUCACUUUUGAUCGAGCGGUAAACAUCAAAGAUAUCUGCUGGAACCUGCAGAACAUCAGACUGAGGGACUGUGAGCUGGCUCCGGGUGUGAAUCGGGAUCUGGCUCGGCGGGUCAGGAAUAUUAACGGGAUCACGCAGCAUAAGCAGGUCCUGCGUAACGAUAUUAAACUCGCAGCUAAACUCAUUCACUCUCUGGACGACCGGGAGGCGCUGUGGAGUCCCCGCCCCAGCGGCGACGCCCCCGCAGCCGUGGAGAUUCCAGCUCAGAACCCCAUCCUGAAGAACAUCACUGAUUACCUGAUUGAUGAGGUGAGCGCGGAGGAGGAGGAGCUUCUGGGCAGUGUGGGCGGAGCCGACUCGGAGGAGGGGGCUAAAGAGGGGAACCCUACAGAGAUCACAGUGGAGAGAGACGAGAAACUGGUGAAGGUGUUGGAUCGUCUGCUGUUUUACCUGCGUAUCGUUCACUCUAUAGAUUAUUAUAACUGCUGUGAAUACCCGAGCGAAGACGAGAUGCCCAACCGCUGCGGCAUCAUCCACGUCCGCGGCCCCAUACCGCCCAACCGCAUCACACACCGAGAGGUGGGGGACUGGGAGAAGACGUUUGAGGAGAAGCUCGUCCUUCUCUUCAGUGUGAAGGAGACUCUGUCGGAGGACGAGGCGGUGAAGAUGGGCAGGAAGGAUCCAGAACAGGAAGUGGAGAAGUUCGUGACGGCGAACACUCAAGAACUGGGGAAGGACAAGUGGCUGUGUCCUCUCAGCGGCAAGAAGUUCAAGGGUCCGGAGUUUGUGAGGAAACACAUUCUGAAUAAGCAUGGAGAUAAAAUCGAGGAGGUGAAGAAGGAGGUGGAGUUCUUUAAUAACUUCCUGAUGGACGCUAAAAGACCCUCCCUCCCCGAGAUGAAGCCGCCGCCCCCUCCAGUCCCCGGACAAGGAUUACUGUCUCCUACCGGUCCUCCGUUCCCCCCUCAGGGUCCUCAGGGGCUGCUGGGGUUUGGGCAGCCCAGGCCUCCUCUGCUGGGUUACGCAGGUCCUCCAUUUCCUGCUAAUCAGUACGGAGGCGGGGGCAGAGGCAGCUACGACAACUUCCGCGGACAGGGGGGCUACCCCGGCAAACCCAGGAACAACCGGAUGAUUCGUGGGGACCCUCGGAACAUCAUUGAGUACCGUGAUCUGGACGCUCCCGACGACGUGGAUUUCUUUUAGACGCUUUCCUUCCUUCUUUUACCGUCUCGUUUUAUCGCCUCCCUCAUUUUAAUCAUUGUUUGUUAUUUUCAUUGAUUAUUCAUUCCUGAUUAUUGAUUUCUUAUUCUCAUUCCCACCCGUGAGAUGUUUGAUAAAUCAGGAUUUUAUUGGUUAACCGGAGAACUUGAACUCGAACUGAAUUCCUGAAGAGUCCUUUAUAAACAGUUAUGGAGUUUUUGGAGUGAUCCGGUUAAUAACUGAGAUCCUGCUUUAAUAAACGACCCCACCGACGCCCCCUGCUGUUCACCAGAGUAAAUUUACUGAGGAUCUUUAGUCCUGAUCCGAACAGCGUUUUAUUUUUUACGUUUUCCCGUACAGGAGGAGGAGGAGUGCACAGUAUUACAGAGCAGAACAUCUUCCUUUAGCUCUUAUUUUGUUCUCCAAUAAACCGUAACGUCAAACACCA